AGGAGCAUCACAUAAAGGCAAUUCAUGAUGCCAUGGCAGAAUUUGAAACACUGACUUGUAUUAAUUUUGUGAAGCGCAAGACAGAACGUGACUAUCUCAACAUUAGAUCUGCUGAUGGUUGCUGGUCCAACUAUGGAAAAGUAGGAGGUGGACAGACUGUCUCUGUGAUGAAAGGAGGCUGCAUGUGGAAAGGAAUAAUUCAACAUGAGCUGGACCAUGCCCUGGGUUUUUUGCAUGAGCAUUCUCGAAGUGACAGGGAUAAAUAUGUAAAGAUCAUGUGGGAGUACAUCAGCAUGGCUGACAGAGCAGACUUCAGGAAAUUUGAAAACUCCAAUAACCUGGGUCUUCCAUAUGACUAUUCCUCAGUAAUGCACUAUGGCCC